CAACUCGUCCAGUCCACGUGUAUUUGUAUAACAUAUACCUAAAAUGUCAACGGAAAGCUUAAGCAGCCUGAGCGACCUCGAACUGCAUAGAAAGCUGAUUCAAUGCGGAUUUCCAAGCACUCCUGUGACGGAAACAACCAGAGCGGUUUUAAUUCAAAAGUUAAAAAAACACAAAAAGGCGGAGAAACUAAAGAGAAGAAGUACCAAGUAUGCCCUGUACUCUCCAGAGCAGCGCGAGCAACCUAUAUUUAAAUAUCCACAGCGUUUGUCUGCUGUAGACAACAACAACGACAUUGAAUUGUGCAGAAAUCCUUCAGUAUUUAACCAGCGUAACUACGACGAGCCCGAUUUAAACACACUGCAAAUGUCGCCUUCCAAGAUGUAUGCCCCACCACCUGUUGUGGCAGCCAAUUACGAUAGUGAGUGCAUGCCGCACAAUAUGAAUAUGAAUGGCACAUACCGCCCACAGUGCUCCAUGCCCUUCUCGAUUGACUCGUCCAACAGCUAUGCCAAGCAGAGUGGAAAAGUAAAAAUUUCAGAUGGAGGCGUGGUUAAUAGAUUGCUAAGCUUUCGGGACACCACACUGCAGAGGAAGAUCAGUCCCAAAGUCACGCACGCUGCUCAAAUGUCGAGGAUGCCGCAACCAAGGAAUGGAAAAUUUAAACGUUUCGUCUUAUCCGAUCUUAAGUCGUCUUUUAAAAACCCUGAUAUUAGACAAUACAUCAUACCACAAAUGCUGAUUGGUCUCUUGGUGAUAUUUCUGGCAAUAAUUACAGUCCUCUAUACGAGCAAGAAAUUCGAUCAGAGCCCCAUGGACAAAACAGCAUUGAAGUAUACAUUGUGUAACCAAAAUGACUUGCAAUUGGCCACCGAGAAGGUGCACUGCAUAGGAAAAGAAUCUUUAAAGAGUUCGUUGCUCAUGAGUGAGGAACUUUUUAAGCGCUUGAACGAGCGAGCCAGGCUCCAUCACUGUACAGAUGCCAGCCAGUCGCCAAGCCUUGACGUGAGCGAGUUUGUCAGAGAGCUAGUCAUUAAUAGCAAGACUCCGAGGGCGAAUAUGGAGAGCAAUCUGCUGGCCAUUCAAUACCUAAUCUCGGAGAAUCCGCAAUGGAUGAUAAACAUUUUGGGUACAACGGGCUCGGCCAACACUCUGGAACAGGGCUCCUACUUUGAACUGUCUGAACCAAAUCUGCCUCUCAAGUGCGUUGUUUUUAAGAAAAUUAAACGCUUUUUUGCAGUAAUGGGUACUCUCAUACUGGUGGUAUUCGGCGUCCUCAUGGUCUAUUUUGGCAUAGUAGUGUAUCGCAUGCAACAAAAGAAAGCCCUGGUUGCUGUGGACCAAUUAACAAAAGACAUCAUACAAGAACUGAAAAACCAGAGCUUGCAGUCUGAAAGCCCUGAACUGACAUUGAACCAGCUGCAGGAAAAGCUUGUGCCUUCGGAGAAACGCUCUAAGCAACUAUCGUAUUGGAAUAAAGCCAUCAAGAUGUUGGAGAAGAUCGAUAGUCGGGUGCUGUUCGGCAUGGCCUUACGAGACGGGAAGACACUGCGCACCAUUGCCUGGAACCGGAACUUGGAGAAAAAUGAAUUGGGCAAGAAGUGGCAGAUUUCCGCACUCGAUAAUUCAAACAAAAUUGCGAACCCACCGACACCCUGUCUGAAGGUCAGGCACAUGUUUGAUUUGACAGAAGUCGAACAACCCAACUUGAAGCAGUCCAUCGUGGAGUCAAUCAUUGAGAAGGUCGGACCCCGCUGUAAGAUAUGUGACGUGCAACUGGAUAUACAGUCGUGCUGCGUCUAUAUCCGAUGUGCAACUGAGGAGGACGCUGGCAUGAUACACAAUGAAAUCAAUGGAUGGUGGUUCGACAAUCGCCUAAUAUCGAUUAAAUUUCUAAGACUUGAACGCUAUCUAAGCCGUUUCCCAAAACCAGCAGCCGAGCCCCCAUAUUUUCUUCCACACGAGGCAGCCAACACUCACUCAUAAAAUACAAAUCUUCAACUAGAUACUUAAGUUAUUAAAUGCGAAUUUGUUUUUACAUGUAGUAAAUGUGUUUCCUCCUUU